AUGGAAAUCAAUGCUGCCGUUGGCGACGGUGAGAAACUAAGCAAAAGCGACGUAAAAGUGGUGAUGGAAAGGCUGGGAAUGAGGUACGAGAUAGAGAGGAACGACGGUGCCGAUGAGUUGUUGGGUGAAAUGUUUGGUGAUGAAGAGCCUGCGUUGGAGGAGAUUAAGGAAGCGUUUGAUGUUUUCGACGAUAACAAAGAUGGGUUUAUCGAUACGACGGAGCUGCAAAGGGUGCUCAUUUGCCUAGGCGUGAAAGGGAAGAUGGUGACGGUGGAGGAGUGUAAGAGGAUGAUAAGGGUGGCUGAUAAGGAUGGAGAUGGUAGGGUGGAUAUCAAUGAGUUUUUGAAAUUUAUGCAGACUUGUUUUUGUUGA